UGCGAGGAGCUUUACAGACAGAUUCGUUCGCUCUUGUUCGAAAUAUUUGCCAUUUUUCGUUUUGCAGAAGCGAAAUGUUCGUCACGAGGAGUCUCUCGAGACACUGCUCGAGAACUUGUAAAUGGUCUUUAUCUUCCCUCCUUCAAUCCGAUUCAUGUAUUAGGAAUCGGGUUUUGUCAUCGAGUCCUGAUACGAGUAUUGGUAACUCAAGUGAAGGUUCUAUCAAUUUGUUUCAGCCAUUGAUGAAUCAAGUGUUUAAAGGAUGGUCUCGAGGUAUGUCAACAUCGAGAGGAAGGAGUAUGAGGAGCAAAGUUGAGAGUAGAAUGCGUAAAGAGUCUGGUAAGACCUUAAGAGAGAUUAGGAGAGCUAAGAAGUUGAAGAAGAAACUCAUGACUGAUGAAGAACGGCUCAUUUACAACCUCAAAAGGGCGAAGAAGAAAGUGGCGCUUUUGUUGCAAAAGCUUAAGAAGUAUGAUCUUCCUGAGCUACCAUCUCCGGUCCAUGAUCCCGAGCUUUUCACAUCCGAGCAGAUACAAGCGUUCAAGAAAAUCGGAUUCAAGAAUAAAAACUAUGUUCCUGUUGGUGUUCGUGGAGUCUUUGGAGGAGUGGUGCAAAAUAUGCAUAUGCACUGGAAGUUUCAUGAGACUGUCCAAGUUUGUUGUGAUAAUUUCCCUAAGGAAAAGAUUAAAGAGAUGGCAAGCAUGAUAGCAAGACUGAGCGGCGGGAUAGUCAUUAACAUACAUAAUGUGAAAACUAUUAUUAUGUUCCGUGGUAGAAACUACCGGCAGCCCAAGAACUUAAUCCCUGUUAACACCCUCACAAAGCGGAAGGCUUUAUUCAAAGCGAGAUUUGAACAAGCGCUUGAGUCUCAGAAGCUGAACAUAAAGAAAACAGAACAGCAGCUACGGAGAAUGGGUGUUAACCCUGAAGAUCCGGUUGCCAUGGCUAGUAUCCAGAGAGUUGCCUCAACAUUCUUCAAUGCAAUCGACAAAAAGGAAGGAAGCCCUUAUGUCUUCCAUGGAGAUAAACAAUCAGAACGAGGCAGUGGUGUUGAAAAUACAGAAGAAUCAGAACCGGGGGAUGAAGAUAGUGACCAGGAGGAGCUAGACAGAUUCAUAGCUGAGAUAGAAGAAGCAGCAGACAAGGAGUGGGAGGAAGAGGAAGCUGCUGAGCAAGAAGAAUCUGGUCGGAUAAGGUAGAUGAUGAAAUUCCAAAGAGAUUUGAUAGAGCAAGAUCAUCAUCAAACACAAACACAAGAAGGCCGAGAGAGGAUUUUAAGAGAAGAAGCCCCGAUCCUCGACCUCAACGUCAAGUGAGGAGUGAUGAAGAUGUAUUAAGUGAUCUUGAUAACACAAUGUGGGAAUCAGAAGAUGAAGAAGAUGCACCACCGGCUAAUUAUAUUUCAAGCAGUGAUGAUGACGAGGAUGAAAACAGAACAAUAUCAGCAUCUAAACAACCAAGAUUCAGGAACAGUAAUUCAAUCAACAAUUCAAAGACUAAAAGUGGAAAACAGAGGGAUGAGGAUUGGGAUAGUGAUUAGAAAGGAAGACUACAAGAUCACAGAGUUUCUGAUAUUGUUUUUUGUCUUCAUUGGUGCCUAAUUAUCAAAUGAGAAACUGAGAGAUGUUAAACUCUGGUCUGAAUAUUGAAGGCUGAUCUAUCUAUUGUUAAGUUCAGUUUCUGAUAGUUUUGUGAAAGACAAAGAACAUGAUACGCCAAACUCUGUUCUUCGCAUUUGUAAUUCAGAUUCUGGUAUUACAGAAGCAAAUUAAGAUGAUUUGUAUCAAAAGAAACAGUAAAUUUCAGCAUUUGACCAAUUUCUCCAGCUGCUUUACGUAAUUGUAGAAGUCCACUUUUGAGA